AUGGCGCCCCCAACAACAAACCAGACCAUUCUGGUUUCUGAAUCUGAUAACGAGAAAGGAAUUAUUAGUGACACGGCUGAAGCAACCCACCAUGAGAGCAAUAUUCAUGCUGCGGCUGAGAGUGGUUUCGUAGCCACUGACAGAUACGGUGUAUCCCUUGUCCAGUUUGACAAAGCCGCCGAAAGGCGACUGACAUGGAAGAUUGAUUUGAUGGUCAUCCCAACCGUUGCGCUCAUCUACCUCUUUUGCUUUAUUGAUCGUGCGAACAUCGGAACCUACGACUAUAACCAGCUGCUUUCCAUCUUCUACAUCAGCUACAUUCUUUUCGAAAUCCCGUCUAAUAUUGUCUGCAAAUGGAUGGGGCCCGGUUGGUUCCUCCCCAUCUUGGCCCUUGGCUUCGGAAUUGCGUCGAUUGGGACGGCGUUCGUGAAUGAUCUCCCUCAGGCUUGUGGUGUUCGGUUCGUCUUGGGGAUUUUCGAAAGUGGGAUGAUGCCAGGCACCUCGUACUAUCUUUCAAGGUGGUACAGGCGUUCGGAACUCGCAUUCCGCCUCUCCCUGUAUGUCGUCAUGGUCCCCUUAGCUGGAGCCUUUGGAGGUUUCUUAGCGUCGGCGAUCUUGCGACUACCAAAGUUUGGCAGCCUGACAGAAUGGCGCAUGAUUUUUGCCAUCGAGGGCAUCAUAACCAUUGGCAUCGCUCUUAUCGCAUUUAUUACCAUCACGGAUAGACCCGAGACAGCUCGCUGGUUAACCCAAGAGGAGAAGGACCUUGCCAUUGCCCGUGUGAAGUCGGAGCGUGUCGCGCAGACUGCUCUCUUGGACAAGUAUGACAACAAAAAGGCCUGGCUGGGCAUCUGGAACCCCGUUGUCCUUGCGACCUCUUGGCUUUUCCUUCUCUGCAACAUUACAGUGCAGGGCUUAGCAUUUUUCUUGCCUACCAUUGUCUCAACCAUUUACCCGACGCAUACUGUUGUCCAGAAACAACUAGCCACGGUUCCGCCUUAUAUCGUCGGCGCAUUCUUCACCCUCCUUCUCCCAGCCCUGAGCUGGAUCACCGACAAGCGGCAAAUCUGGAUGAUCCUCUCUGCUCCUAUGGUUAUGAGUGGCUUUCUCAUGUUCUUGGCGUCUACGGAUGGAAAAGUACGAUACGCUGCUACGUUCCUUAUUGCGUCUAGCACAUUCGCCAUGGGCCCCUUGACGAAUGCCCAGGUCUCUGCACAAGUCAUCUCGGAUACCUCACGAAGCAUGUCCUUGGCCACUAAUAUGAUGUUUGGAAAUGUUGGUGGACUAAUUUCUACUUGGUCCUAUAUCAAAUGGGACGCUCCUGACUAUAAAAUUGGCAACGGGCUUAAUCUUGGGGCAGCAAGCGGUAUUCUGGUUUGUGGCAUACUCACAUCAUUAUGGAUGAACUGGGAUAACCGAAGGCGAGAGAAGAGAGAUGUCGACCAGGAGUUAAGCGGUCUGUCUCAAGCCGAGAUAGAAAAUCUGGAGUGGAAACACCCAGCUUGGCGUUGGGCACCUUGA